AUGGCACCACGAAAACCGCUAGGCUGGCGAAAUCCCCCAGCAGUGAAUGGGAAUGAAACUGCGGCGAACAUAGGCAAACGCCGGGACGCAGCAGCUGAUCCUGCGGACAGCGAAAUGGUCAACGGGAAAAUGGACGAAGACGAACCAGAGUACCACACAGACGACUCAGCAGAUGAAGAUGAUGUCGACGGCGGUGUCCCACUCGACCAAGAGGACGAAUCACUUCCUUACCUGCCCGCGCAUCUGCUCAGGCCCGCCGAAAUCAAAUCCAUCGAAGCGGACGACCCAGCCCUAGAAAUCCCCUGGGAGCACAAAACGCCCAAACAAAAAGCAGGUUCGCGGCGCUCGAGCCGGCAACGUAAGAAACGACAAGUCGAAGGAAGUGGGGUGGUGGAGGCUGGUAGGGCUGCACAGGUCAAGCGAGGGGUCGUGACGAAGUUCCCGGAUGUGAAGGAGAAGACGAAGAGGGUCGGUGCGAAGGGGAGGGUGGUUAAGCCACAGGCUUCGGGUCGACAGCAGAUACUAGAGGCGAGGCAGCGGGAGGUUAGAGGGGUGAGGAAAGCUAAGACGAAGACUGGCGGCAAAGGGUGA